AUGGGUUCAGUCAUGGAUUCUUCUGAAGUUGAGAUUCCCACCCACUGUAAAGCGGGGGUGGUGGUCAACGAAGGCCCCAAUUUCCAUGUCGAGGUACAGACGGUACCUGUGCCAGAACCAGGCCCCGACGAUGUUCUAGUCAAGCUGAACUACACUGGACUCUGCUCAUCUGACAUCCAUAUGAUGCAAGGAGAUCUUGGUCUUCCAUUUAUGUCAGCGUUUGGAGUGCGAUCUCCGGGACAUGAAGGUGCGGGUGUAGUGGUCAAGGUUGGAGCCAACGUGAAGACUUUCAAGGUAGGCGAUAGAGCCGGAAUCAAACCGAUAAUGGAUACAUGCGGGUCCUGCGCGCUUUGCUGGGAAGACAAGGAGACAUACUGCAAGGGUGCAGUUCUCACUGGUCUGGUUACGGCAGGUACUUACCAGCAAUACUUGGUAUCACCGGCACGAUAUACAUCGCCAAUUCCAGAUGGAGUUCCUGACGAAAUUGCCGGCCCAAUUAUGUGCAGCGCCAGUACUAUCUACCGAUCUCUGAUUGAGUCCAACCUUCGCUCAGGAUCUUGGGUUGUUUUCCCCGGCGGCGGUGGUGGCGUGGGAAUCCAAGGUGUACAGCUGGCCAAAGCAAUGGGAAUGCGUCCUAUUGUGGUGGAUACAGGGGAUUCCAAGAAGGAAUUGGCGCUCGAGAUGGGUGCAGAGGCCUUUGUUGAUUUCAAAGAAGUUGCCGAUCCCACCAAAGCUGUGAUUGAGAUUGCCGAUGGGCUCGGCGCUCAUGGCGUGUUGGUCACAGCCCCUGCUGCUUAUAAAACAGCACUUUCAUUUAUCGGAGACCGUAUCGGAGGCAUUGUGAUGUGCAUUGGUCUUCCUGUCGCCGGGUCGAUGACGAUAGGAGCUGAUCCCUGUCAAUUCGUCUUCAAGAAUCUUACCAUCAAGGGCACCCUUGUGGGUAGCCGAAGUGACACCGCCAUGGCACUGGAUUUCGCACGGCGAGGAGCGCUACGACAGAUCAGUGAAGUGUAUCCAUUGAAUCGCAUGCCCGAGGCUGUGGAGAAACUACGGAAGGGGGAGGUGGCUGGACGAAUUGUGAUUAAUUUCAACUGGGAAGAGUAG